GCAUUGUGUUGACUAGCAAGAAGAAGUACUCCUGUCUUGUCUCUGCUAGUUAGCUAGCUGCAGUAACUGUGACAAUCGAGUUGUGGAGCACAAUGAGACAACUCCGGAAAUGAAAGGUGUGUGUCCCUGCCCUCAGUAGCAGUGAUGGACGGAGAAGCCCAAAGGGCGGCUGUGUCAUGGGAGAAUGGCACUCUGGCUCCUGUGGACCGCCUUCGCUCCGAAAGGGCAGACAGCCCCACACCAGGUCUGGUGGAAGGAACUGAACCAGGUGCCGGUCAGAAGAGUGCCAUGUUCGUCCAUGCACAGUCUUUUGAGGAUCUGACUGCGGAGACUGAAGAAGUGGCUCAGAGGGACGCUGAACUGGACAAGUCAGAAGGAGAGUGUACAGACGAGCUCAAGGUUCUGGUGGGCGAGAAAACCAUAGAGGAGCAACGCAACAGCAUUUCAUCGGAGACCAGGUCUAAGGAGGAGGAUGUGUCCAGCGAGGCGUGGAGGAGCCACAGAAAACAUGUGUUUGUGCUGAGCGAGGCUGGAAAGCCAAUCUACACCCGCUAUGGCACAGAGGAGGCUCUGUCCAGCACCAUGGGGGUGAUGAUGGCCCUCGUGUCCUUCGUAGAAGCCGAGAAGAACAUCAUCCGCUCCAUCCAUGCAGAUGGCUGUAAAGUGGUUUUCCUCACUAAGAGCCCUUUGGUCCUGGUGGGCGUGUCUCGGACCUGUCAGUCAGACAAGGAGCUGCUGCGGGAGCUGCAGUACAUCUACUACCAGAUCGUCAGCUUGCUCACGCUCACUCAGCUCAACCACAUCUUCCAACACAAGCAGAACUACGACCUGCGCCGCCUUCUGGCUGGCUCCGAGUAUCUCACCGACAACCUGCUGCAUCGGCUGGACCGAGACCCCGGCCUGCUCCUCAGCGCUGUCACCUGCCUGCCUCUGGCCAGCUCCUCCAGGGAUGUGGUCUCAUCAAGCCUGCAGGCCGCUAAAGCCAAAAACCUGGUGUUCUCCAUCCUGCUGGCGGGGGACCGGCUUGUUACCCUGGUGAGAAAAAAGGACCAGUUCCUGCACCACAUAGACUUGCACCUAGUCUUCAACCUUGUCGGCUCCUCUUCGUCCUUCCGAGAGGGUGAAGGCUGGACGCCGAUCUGCCUGCCAAAGUUUAACACUGCAGGAUUUUUCCACGCUCACAUUUCUUACCUGGAGCCUGCGUCCGAGCUCUGCCUCAUCCUGGUCUCAACAGACAGAGAGGACUUUUUUAACAUGUCCGACUGCAAGAAACGGUUCCUGGAGAGGCUGAGUAAGCGCAGUGCCUACCAGGCUCUGAAAGAGGCGCUUAAAUGUCCCAGUUACUCUGUGGCGCAGGUCGGCAUCCCAGAGCUCAGGCACUUCCUGUACAAAUCAAAGAGCUCGGGGUUGUACACCAGUCCAGAGUUUCCUGCGGUGUACCAGUCUGACGAGGAGCAGGAGAGGCUGAUGGGUCUGUACCAGGACCUUCACAGCUGCUUGCACCAUCCAACCAGACCUCUCCGUUCCUUCUACCGCUGUGGUGAAACUGAAAACCUGCUGGCGUGGGUGACAAGCGGCUUCGAGCUCUACCUCUGCUUCAGUCCGCUGGCGACCAAGGCCUUGGCGGUCUCUGCUGUCAACAAACUGCUGAAGUGGAUCAGGAAGGAGGAGGAUCGUCUCUUCAUCCUGAGUCCUCUCACAUACUGAGCCUCGCUGCUGGCUGACCGACCUCCUGGAACAAAAAGAGUUAUCCCUGAACUGAACGCCGCCUGGCCCGGUGCUGUACCAGCUUCUGUGGAUGAAGCAGUCGUCAGUUCAGUGUCCACAUACUGUAUGAUUGUCAAAGCUAUGCAUUUCUUGCUAAUGGGUUCCUCUGAUCUAAUUCACAGAUUUGUGAUGAAGUAGAUUGUGCAAUGAUGGUAAAUUAAAGCUGUAUUUUAGCUGGCUAGAUUAAAAAAAAAAAAAAAAAAAAAAUGAUUUGGAUAACAGCAACAGAUGGAAGCAGCAUCAGCACCAAUACACAAACAUAACACAAAAACUUGUGGUGUCUGUUUGCUGCUGAGGUUGUUUCAUAAAUAAUUGUUUUACUGUAUUUACUUAUUAUGCCUCUCAGAUUAAGAAAAAUGCUGUGUCUUUUUUUUAUGCUAUCAACUCUUUAAAAAACUCUUAAAAAUCAAGAAUAAAAUUUUAAUUUAAAACUGGAAACUUGCAGUACAAUGUAUUAUUAUAAGACAUAUGUCAAAACAUGGCUAACACUCCUGUUGUGUUUUCACUUUACAUGAUGACCAAGAACUGCACAAACCAUCGUCAUUUUACUUCUAUGCACUUUCUUUAUGCAAACGGCACUCUAAGAAAUGUGAUCAUGAGUUUAUAUAACAUGUUUACUGCUGUCAAUUUUUGUGUCAACAUGUAUUGUUCAUGUCAGUAUCAUGGAAGUCUAUUCAUGUACUAGUGUCCAUUAGCACUUUCCUUAGAUAUUCCAUUUACCAUAAUAUGCAAACUAAUACCAAGAAAAGUGUUGUAUCAUUUGUUUUUUAUACCUGUGUAUAGUCAAUACGGUUCAUUAUGUCUCAUGGGCUUUGCUUAAGGAAUCUAACGUUGCCACAUCUGCCUCCACGAAUCAUGCCUUAACUAAUGAUCAUUGUGCAACUCAGAAAAUGAGAUGGCAUAUAUAUAAAUAAAUGAUUAGUAAUAAAAAAGA